GCUUUGCCUUAGAUCUGUCCACCCUCUAAGGUUCGGGAGCGGAGUUUCCGAGUUGAAGUGGCAAACUGAGAAAGCACGAGGGGAGGCGACAUCCCCGCCACAUAGACUGGGGGUCGCGACUCGCUGACGCUCCUGGGCUGUUCAGCGCUGGGGCCGGAACGGGACCGCGGGCCGGAGUGUCGGUUUUCCCACACGAGUCCGAUGGCAGCGGCCGCGCCCAGGGACCCGGCUCAGGGUGAUGUGACCUUUGAGGACAUUGCCAUCUACUUCUCCUCGAAGGAAUGGAGCCUUCUGGAUGAGGCUCAGAGACGGCUGUACUAUGAUGUGAUGCUGGAGAACUUUACACUUAUAUCCUCCCUGGGUUGCUGCUGUGGAGCAGAGGAUGCGGACUCACCCCUUGAACAGAGCGUUUCCGUAGGUGUGUCACAGGCCAGCGCGUCCAAGGCAGCUCUGUCUUCCCGGAAGAGCCACCCCUGUGAGAUGUGUGGUCCGGUCUUGAGAGACAUUUUCCACUUGGCUGAGCACCAGGGAAAACCAAGCAGCCAGAAACUGUUGAGGUGUGGGGCAUGUGCAAAGCGAUUUUAUUUCAACGUAAACUUCUACCAGCAGCUUAAGCAGCACACGGGAGAUAAACCAUUCAGAAGCAGUGUGGACACGGCCUCUUUUGUGAAGGGAUAUGGAUUCUAUGAUUCAGGAAAGCCCCUUACCUGUACUGAGGUUCAGAAGGAAUUCGUGCCUGGCUCUGGGCAUCUACAGCAAGACGCCACUCCUAUUGGAGAGAAGCCAAACACAGUCAGCCAGUGCAGGGCAACUUUACAGAGCAGUAAAGGUCAUUACACUUGGGGAGAUUGCAAGGAAGUCUUUGGUCCUGAACAUACACAUGUUCAGGAUCAGGGUGUCCAACCUGGAGGACCGUGUUUUAUGUGCAGUGAAUGUGGGAAAACAUUCAGGUACAAAUCUUUAUUCGAUAUCCACCAGAGAUUCCAUACUGCAGAAAGACAUCAUGAGUUUAGCAAAUGUGGAAAAUUGCUAAGACAAAUGUCAACUCACACUGCCCAUGGGAAGACUCACACUGGGUCCAGGCAAUACACGUGCAACAAAUGUGGGAAAUCCUUAAGCCACAAAUCUAUGCUUAUUCGUCCCCAGACAGGGCACAGUGGAGAAAAUGAUUAUGUUUGCAUUGGAUGUGCAGAAUCUUUUAGCCAUAGUUCAGUUCCAAUUAUACAUUCUGUUCAACCCUUAGAAAGGCCUUAUAAUUGUGGUGACUGUGCAAAAUGUUUUACCUCUAUCUCUGCCCUCACUUAUCAUCAGAGAUCUCACACAGGAGAAAGACCUUACAGGUGCAAUGAAUGUGGGAAGUCUUUUACUUCCAGGACUGGCCUCCAUUACCAUUACAUAGUUCACUCUGGAGAGAGGCCUUAUGAGUGCAGUAAAUGUGGGAAGGCUUUUAUUUCCAGGACUGGUCUUCGUUACCAUUGCAGAGUUCACACUGGAGAAAAGCCUUAUGAAUGCAGAGAAUGUGGGAAAUCUUUUACUGAUACUUCUGCCCUCAGAUAUCAUCAGAGAGUUCAUACUGGAGAAAAGCCUUAUGAAUGCAGAGAAUGUGGGAAAUCUUUUACUACUCCUUCUGCUCUCCGUUGUCAUCAGAGAGUUCACACUGGAGAAAGGCCUUAUGAGUGCAGUGAAUGUGGGAAAUCUUUUACUACUCCUUCUGCUCUCCGUUCUCACCAGAGAGUUCACACAGGAGAAAGACCUUAUGAGUGCAGCGAAUGUGGGAAAUCUUUUACCCAUACUUCUGCCCUUCGUUACCACCAGAGAGUUCACACUGGAGAAAAACCUUAUGACUGCAGUGAAUGUGGGAAAUCUUUUACUACUCCUUUUGCUCUCCGUUCUCACCAGAGAGUUCACACAGGAGAAAGGCCUUAUGAAUGCAAUCAGUGUGGGAAAUCUUUUUUCUCAAAGUCUGACCUCCAUUAUCAUCAUAGAGUUCACACUGGAGAAAGGCCGUAUGAGUGCAGUGAAUGUGGCAAGUCCUUUCUCCGAAGAAAUAACCUGAAUGUACAUGCAAAGGUUCAUUCAGAUGAAAGGCCUUACAAGUGUAAUGAAUGUGGGAAAUCUUUUAAGUGUAAGUCAGCAUGUAUUCAACACCAGAGAGUUCACACUGGAGAAAGGCCUUAUGAGUGCAGUGAGUGUGGGAAAUCUUUUACCACUAGUUCUGGCCUUCGUUAUCACCAGAGAUUUCACACUGGAGAAAGGCCUUAUGAGUGCAGUGAGUGUGGGAAAUCUUUUGCUGACACUUCUGCCCUCCAUUAUCACCAGAGAGUUCACACUGGAGAAAGGCCGUAUGAGUGCAGUGAAUGUGGGAAAUCUUUUUUCUCUAGGUCUGACCUUCAUUAUCAUCACAGAGUUCACACUGGGGAAAGGCCUUAUGAGUGCAGUGAAUGUGGCAAGUCCUUUUCCCGAAGAAAUAACCUCAAUGUACACCUAAAGGUGCACUCAGAUGAAAAGCCUUACAAGUGUAAUGAAUGUGGAAAAUCUUUUAAGUGUAAGUCAUCAUUCAUUGAACACCAGAGAGUUCACACAGGAGAAAGGCCUUAUGAGUGCAGUGAGUGUGGGAAACCUUUUUCCACUAGUUCUGUCCUUCGUUCUCACCAGAGAGUUCACACUGGAGAAAGACCUUAUGAGUGCACCGAAUGUGGGAAAUCUUUUACCGCUAGCUCUAUCCUCCGUAAUCACAAGAGAGUUCACACUGGAGAAAGACCUUAUGAGUGCAGUGAAUGUGGGAAGUCUUUUACCACUAGGUCUGUCCUCCUUUAUCACCAGAGAGUUCAUAGUGGAGAAAGGCCUUAUGAAUGCAGUGAAUGUGGCAAGUCCUUUAUCCAAAGAAAUAGCCUCAAAGUACACAGAAAGGUUCAUUCUGGUGAAAUGCCUUAUAAGUGCAAUGAAUGUGCAAAAUCUUUCACCUGCAAGUCAAAACUCCUUGAACACCAGAGAAUUCACACAGGAGAAAAGCCUUAUCUGUGUAAUAAAUGUGGGAAAUCUUUUAGUCGUAGCCACGCCCUCCAGUAUCAUCAUCAAAGUCACCUUGGAGUAAGGCCUUACAAGUGUAGUGAGUGUGGGAAAUCUUUUGCUUGUAGUUAUUCCCUCCGAUCUCACCAGAGAGUGCACACUGGAGAAAGGCCUUAUGAGUGCAGUCAGUGUGGGAAAUCUUUUACCGCUAGUUCUGUCCUACAUGCUCAUCAGAGAGUUCACACUGGAGAAAGACCUUAUGAGUGCAGUGAAUGUGGCAAGUCCUUUCUCCGAAGAAACAGCCUCAAUGUACACAUAAAGGUUCACUCAGGUGAAAGGCCUUAUAAUUGUAAUUAAUGUGGAAAAUCUUUUAAGUGGAAGGCAACAUUCAUUCAACACCAGAGAAUUCACACAGGAGAAAGUCCUUAUGAGUGCAGUGAAUGUGGGAAAUCUUUUAUCAGCCAUCCUGCUCUUAGUUAUCAUCAAAGAGUUCACACUGGAGAAAGGCCUUAGGAGAGCUGUGAAUGUGGCCAGUCUUUCAGCCAAAGCUCCAGUCUCACUCAACAACAGAAAGUAUAGUAGAUGAAGCCCUUAUGAGUGAUAUUAUGAACUGUUUAUGUUCA